UUUCAAGGGAUACGCCAUCCAUUUAUAUAUAGAUAUCAGUAAUUAAAACGAGAAAGUGUCGCAAAUUUCCUCCAUAAACCUCACUAUUUAAUCUUAAUUUUCAUUUUACUAAUAAAUUUAAGUGUUCUUUUAUACGAUUCAGAUAUUUUCCCCACACAACUCUCAAAGAGUAACCCGAAAAAAGUGCACUAAAAAUUCAUACGGAAGAGAAAAAAAAAAUUGAUUCAUCGGGGAGAAAACUUUUUAUUAUUCUUUUAUCAUUGAAAAAAAAAAAUCAAAACACAGUUUUGAUUAAAUAAUAUUUUUAUCAAAAACAUAACCAUUAGAAACAAAACAUUUUCCAUUUUAAUUGAAUAGAAAAAUGAUUUUGAGGAAAUAAUGAUCAGCAGCAGCAGCAGCAGUAGAAGCAGCAGCACCCGCCGACGCAUUGUGUGACGAAUGACCUAAAAAUUUAUGGAAAAGAAAAAAAUCUUUAAAACGAAAACCAGCAGCAACAGCAGCAGCAGUAGCAGCAAGAAAUCAAUUUUGUUCGACAAAAAAAAACCAAUUGGGAAAAAACUGGAUACAAAAUUGUAUGAAAGGAAAAUAGAAAGAAAAAAUUAUGGACAUCGAAACGCAAGAAAUUCGUCUGGCCCGACAAAGAGCAUCUGUGAAGUGGCUUCUCUCGAAAGCAUUCAACAACCGUGUGCCAGACAACCUGAAAGAACCCUUCUAUCGCGACAAUGAGAACCAAGAGCGACUCAAACCCCAGAUCACGGUCGAAAUGGGCAAUUCAACACUGUAUUGCCAAACGCUAUCGAACUUGUACUUGGACCCGAAUUAUCAAAGUCUGAAUCACUGCUCGAUAUUGCAAACAUUAGCACGCAAAGGAGUACCAGUUAGAGAAUCUCCAGAUAUGCCAAUAACCGAAACCAUAUUAAUUCAAACAAAUCCAUUACGAAUCAACGCCCACAUAUCUGUGAUAGAAUCAUUGAUGAUUUUGUAUGCAAAAGAGAUUACAUCUGGCGAUAGAAUACCAAACGCCAUAAAGAGAGUUAGUGGUGGCGGUAGUUUUCAGAUGGCUAGCGGUCAGGGUUGCGAGCAAUAUCUUUUGGCUUGGAUAUCGCACGUUUGUGCUUCUUUGAAGAAGCGCAUAGCCCAAGAAGUCGAACGCGGUGCAACUGAUGAAAAUGGUGUCCGCCUCCAAGUACCAGACAUUCCUCCUAUCCGCGAUUUUCAAGACCUCUGCGAUGGCGUUAGUUUGGCUCUUCUAAUUUCGUACUAUUGCCCCAAAGUCGUUCCCUGGACAAGUGUGAGGAUAAAUUAUUUGCCAGCUGUUGCAGAUUCCAUUCACAACGUUUUAUUAGUAAGUAAUUUUUCUCAAAAACAUUUGCCAUACUCUGUUUUUCACAUGACACCGGAGGACAUAACCUACAUGCGUGGCUCGAUGAGGCCAAAUUUGAUUGUCCUCCUUGCGGAUCUGUUCAAUUUGUUCGAGAUUCAUCCGGCUAAGUGCGUAUGCUAUCCUGGAAUGGAUGCCCAAGUCACACGUUCAGCAUCUGAGAGUUUUAUUCAACGCAGGCCGACUCCACCCAGAGACUUCCGUUCGGUCGAGGAGAAUAACUAUCCUCUUCCGAGCAACAACGACGAGGGUUUUGUGGUUCACAAAAGCCGCGGCAUAGCAACUCUCUCAUCGGUGCAGAAUCAAGAGCCACUGGUGCCCGCCCGGCUGCGCCAGGCCAAAGAAAAGAUCAAUUUGGAAACUAAAGCGGACGAAAGGGGUGACUUCGUACCGGCUGGUCGACCCAGCAACUGGGAAGAUCAGCGACGUCCCAGUUAUGCGGGACGAAGAUCAAGACGCAACUCUUCUAGUGAGGAUUCACAGCUGACCAUUGAGAACUUUGGCGGUUCCCAGGAUCAAUUGAACUUGAUAGGUCGAGGAAUCGAAAGAGAUCGUGAUCGGGAACGUGAAAGAGAGCGCGAGCGAACACUUUCCAAUGCAAGUAUCGAACCGGCUGUAGCAGUCAGAUCUUCUAUCGCCGAUGCCAGGGGCACUCUACAACUUGGCUAUGAUACCGAUUCCGGUUCAGAAAAACAGGACCGGGAAACCGAAAAGACUUCGAUUAGACGUCAAGGAAGCGUUGAUAAUAUAUCGCCCCGCAACAACAAACAUUCCAACAAGAAAGAGCUUUCCGAUGGGGAUUUGUCAUCGCACAGCGGUUUGAAUAGUUCGAAAACAAAUAUUUACAAUAGUAAUUCGGUGGAGGAAACAACACCCAAGCGAAAGACCUCCUUCGCAGAACUACCAUCCAACACCACAACUUGGCAUCAACAGUCCGCUUUGCAGCAACAGUCCGACGACAAUGAAAUGUAUCCCGAAGACGAAAGCCGAUCGGUAGUUGAUGCUUCGAAAUUGACUACGAUUCGAUUGAAACUCGAAGAAAAACGCCGCCGAAUCGAACAAGAAAAACGUAAGAUAGAAGUUGCCCUUUCAAAACACCAAGAAAAGGUGGGCAAAGCUGCUUUCCUGCAAGCUAUAAAACAACCUUACGGGUCGCAGCAGCAUAUUCCUGAUCAAUUUAGUCGUCAACCUGUACAGCAGGCCUUUGGAUCGACUCCCCAAAUUCCACACGCUUUCAAUUCAACCCCAAAUUAUAAUUCCCAGCCAACCAAUUCCGAGCCCUAUGUACAACAUCAACCUCAUCCACAACAACAACAACAUCAAAUUCAACAACUUCAUCAACAACAACAACAGCAACAUCAACUACAGCAUCCACAGCAACUUAAUCCACAACAGCCACAGCAACAACAACAACAACAACAGCAACAACAUAUUCAGUAUAUAAACGAGAAUGGCCAAUAUAUUAGUCAACGUCCAGUGUCAAUGUCCAUGCAGAACCAGUCGCCAUUCAUGCAGAAGCCUCAAAACAGUCAGCAGCAGGCUAUGAUGUUCAAUCGUGGCGGCGGCGACGGUCAACUGGAAAACGGUGGCUAUAAUAAGCACGGGAGCCAGCAACUACACCACAUACAAUACCCAGUCGAGCAUACUCAAUAUCAAUCACACCAACAACAAUACAUCAGCCGUCCACCAGAGUACGAUCAUUAUUCUCCCCAACCACAAAAUGUGCGCGAUCACAACUCGCCACAGCCGCCAAAUCCAUAUUACUUAUACGAAUCGUCGCCGCAGCCAACACACCGAAAAACCUGGGGUCAGCCCGAGCAGGUGCAUCUCCAGCAGACCCACUAUCAACCACAGCCGAUACAGCUAAUCGACAUAAACGCAUGGCAGUCCCAAACUAUUUCGCCAAAGGUCAAUAGCAACGAGCCUGCUACAUGGAAUUCUCCAUCGAACCAUCAGACUAACAGCAGUGGCAGUGGAUUUAUGUUGCAUCAAAACGAAGAUAACGAUUAUUGUCAUCAGGAGAAGUCCUAUCAAAACUUGUUCCAGGUUCACCAGAAUACUCAAAACCGACAGACACCCCCCAGAGCAAUGAUGGCCAAUCAUAUGGAGAGCCGUCAAAUGAAGUCUUCGCCUGUGCCGGUCCCGUAUGACGAGAUGGCACCCCAGAGUAUAUGCUUCAUUGGCGAUGAGGAUGAUAACUCCGACCAGAUAGAAAUGAACAUCGAAACGAUGUCUAUGCGAAAGAUGGCUGACUUUAAUCAAAGCAUGCGUCCUCAGAGGGGUCUGAAUAUAACGAGUGGAAGUCUUACCUAUAGAAUACCAUCGCCAUCAAGACCAAGUCUAAAUGCAAACAGUUUUCAAGAUCCCCAAGAAGAUGCUACAAUUGAGAAAGGGUUCUACAUUUCCUUCGACAAUGACCAGCCAAAAAGACCGAAGCCUCCAUUGCGGGCUAAGCGCUCGCCCAAGGUCGAAAAGAGCACGGACACAAUUGACAGGGGGCAAAAGCUGCCAAAUAUCUAUGAUAAAUCUGAGAUUCAGCGCAAUAGUAACUUCGAAAACAACAAUGCCACUUACAACAAAUACAAAGAUGCACCCAUUCAGUUGCGACAGAUUGUCGAAAGUCACGAUUCGAAAGCUCUCGAUCGACGCCAUUUAGAAGAUGUUACAAAGAAACAGCAGCAAAUGCAAAAUUCAUCACAGCAGCAGCAGCAGCAUCAAUUGCAAAAGUCAUUCAGCUCGAUGCAAUUGAACGAGCCAAAAGAGAACAAAGCGUUGUUGAUCGAAACAGAGAUUUCCAACUUGAACCCAGAAUCUGUGGAUGAAAUGGAGCGUAAAAAGGAGAAAAUCAUGUUGCUUUCGCUGCAGCGGCGUCAAUUGCAGGAGGAAGCUAAAGCACGAAAAGAAAUUGAGGCAAUGCAGCGCCGAGAAAAAGAGCAAGAGAAAGAGGAAGAACGCAUGCGAAAGAAAGAGGAACAGGCGGCACGACGGGCAGCAAUUCUCGAACAACAUAGACUGAAAAAGGCAAUUGAGGAAGCCGAACGGGAGGGCAAGGUCAUUGAUCGUUCGGAUUUGCCAUCACAGAAUCAAGCACGCAUUCGCAUGCAAAAACCGUCUCGUCCACGUCCGAAAACCAUCCAUGUCGAAACUAGUUCGGUGGAUCUGACUGAAGGCUCCUCAACUUUAACUUCCAGUCGCGGCAAGAAAGGCUCUAUAACAAAUCUUGCCGACUACAGUCAGCGCUCGAAACUAACUAGAGAUCUAUAUAGAGGCUCACAAGACUCUUUGGCAAUGAAAAACACUGGUGCGGGUCGAGCAACACCCCCACGACGUGCACCCUCGCCCGGAAUGGGCUCAUCGGGUAGACACAUGCCUUCGCCGACAGGACCAGGUUCACUUCCUCCCGGAUUGGUGUCCAAACGUCGUGGCAUCGAGGAUAGUUCAAGUGAUAUAUCUUCAUCGAACCCAAAUUCCAUUAUGGAAUACUCGGGUCCGAAGCUCUAUAAACAACCAGCGGCUAAAUCGAAUCGCGGCAUCAUUCUAAAUGCCGUCGAAUACUGCAUCUUUCCUGGCGCUGUAAAUCGCGAUUCCAAACAAAAAGUUCUCGAAAAGAUUGCCAGAUCCGAGGCAAAACACUUUUUAAUUUUGUUCCGCGAUGCUGGUUGUCAAUUUAGAGCUUUAUACAGUUUUGUGCCAGAAUUGGAACAAGUUUUGAAAUUGUAUGGUACUGGGCCUAGUCAUGUCGACGAAGUCAUGUUUGAUAAGUUUUUUAAAUAUAACUCAGGCGGUAAAUGUUUCUCCCAAAUUCAUACAAAGCAUCUGACAGUCACAAUCGAUGCAUUUACAAUACAUAAUUCACUUUGGCAAGGAAAGAAAGUCCAGUUACCAAGUAAAAAGGACAUGGCACUCGUAAUAUAAACAAUACCUACAUAAAAAUAGAAAAAAAAGACAUUUUUCAUCAAUGUGGAAUUCAUAAUAAACAUAAAGUGAAGUACGAUAUUCAAAAAACAAAGAAAAAUAACAAAAACACAGCAAAACAAAAGAAAGAAAAAGAAUGUUUAGUUUCUUUUAAUAAGCUUUGAAAAUUAAUACGCAUUCUUCAGAAAUAUUUGCUGCCUAUGCCGAUCGUAAAUUAUUAUUAUUUUGUUUUUACUUUUCUUUUUUUUUAACAGACUAUGAUUUAUAUUGUAAUAAACAACAACAACAGAAAACAUAUUUUAAAAAAAAAUAAUAAUUAUUAUUAAAAACUAACAGGACUGUCGUUUAAUGAAUAUAAUAUAAAUAUAAAUAAUAAUAAUAAUUUCUUUUUUGGCCAAGUUGAUUUCUAUGUUUUGUGUUAUUCGACGAAUGUGGUUCCUCUUCGGCUUCUAUGGUCCCUAAAAUUGGCAAUGAAACACAGGAUAUCCCACUCACAACAACAUCUGUAUGUGAUACAUGACGUUUGGAUUCAGGGAUUGCUUGCGCGUCUUCCUUCGCUGGGAUCAUAUUUUUAUGAAAUGGCACAAAAACACAAUAGAAGAAAUAUUGAAUACAAAUUUAACAAUGAUAUAUAAUAUGACAUUAUUUAAAACAAAAACAAAACAAAAAAAAAAACAACUUACGUUAUUUGGUAAAUCAAAUUAUAAUUUUUGUAUUUCAAAGUUAUUGAAAUAUUAAUAAAUAACAAAUAUUAAUAUUAAUAAAAUAUUAAAA